AUGAUGAGCCAAGUGAAAGAGCCGAGUGGAGACAAUGCUGCCUCUUCUUCAAUGGAACCAGGUACCUCAACUACAACCACUGAAGCUGAAGAAAUACCUGAGAGAAGAACACAAGAAAACCAGUUAGAUAUACCCAGCUCCUCUACAAAUGAACCUCGAAUGCCUAACUGGAAACACAAAAGUUCUCAUCCUCUUGACAAUGUACAAGUAUCAACUGCCAUGUCAUCCACCUUUUCAGACUCUGCUGUCACGUCCCUUCACUUCAAAUCGUUCCAUCUCCCUCUAAAACGUUGCAUCUCUCCAAGCACAACCGCCAUUUCAGAACCAUCUUCCAUUAGAACUUCUCCAAAGAACCUUCUCUCUAUCUCUUCAAUGGCUGACAUAAACUCCGAAAUCCCUACCUCAGUCAUCUCUAAAACUAAUAAAACCAAAACCCCUAAAAGUGUUGAUCCUUUUUCUCUAUCUUCUGAGUUUCCCACUGAUCAAGGAAAAAGUGGAGAACUAGGUAAAAGUCCUGAGGUCGCAGAGGUUUCCGCCAUUAUUGCUUCAGAUUCUGUGGUGGCCAUGGAGCCUAUUGAGGAAGAAAAUGUCGCGACCAUCUUUGCGGUAUCUGUUGAUGGCGUCUUGCAUGCAAUACUUUCUCAGAGGAACGAGAUACAGGGCAAGGGGGAAGAAUGA